AUGAUGGCGAACAGAGGAUGUGUAGAGAGGGCUUUCCACCAGAGGGUCAAAGGCCAUGAAGCGCUUCGCCGAUGCCCAGUCAGGAGUUUGAAGCCUGAGCACAGAUGGACAGAAGAGUCUGGACCCUCCGAGGCCAAACGCUGCAUCCUGUUACCCCACCACAGAGCCGCUGCCAGGCCAGAGAUCAGGUGUCUCCCAGUCCUGCAGGGAGGGGGCAGAGUGGAGCUGACCCCUGGCCCGAACAGGAGUCACCCCGACAUGCUGAUCAAACUGUGGCCAAUGCUCCUACAAGAGAGCCUGGCUCCACUGGGACAGAAGCCCACAUCCAUCAGUGACACCCUCCUCCUGCUCACAUCCAACUCCAGGAUCAAGUCUGUCCCAGGAUCGAACACCAGUGCUCCAUCAAGGUCCAGCCAAUGA